GUGGGUUAGAUUGAAGAUGAAGUUGUUUUAAAGAUCUAGUUUUUGGAUCUGAAAGAACCCUAAUUUUCAAGAUUUUGAAUUUGGCUGCAAAUGUCCUCUCUUAGUAGAGAACUUGUGUUCUUAAUCUUACAGUUUCUUGAUGAGGAAAAAUUUAAAGAAACUGUUCACAAGUUGGAACAAGAAUCAGGGUUUUUCUUUAACAUGAAGUACUUUGAGGAUGAGGUACAAAAUGGGAAUUGGGAUGAUGUUGAGAAGUACCUUUCGGGCUUUACAAAAGUCGAUGAUAAUCGGUAUUCAAUGAAGAUAUUUUUUGAAAUCAGAAAGCAGAAGUAUCUUGAAGCAUUGGAUAAGCAUGAUCGUUCCAAGGCUGUGGAGAUUCUUGUAAAGGAUCUUAAAGUUUUUGCUUCAUUUAAUGAAGAGCUCUUCAAGGAGAUAACUCAGCUAUUGACAUUGGAGAAUUUUAGGGAAAAUGAGCAAUUGUCAAAAUAUGGAGAUACGAAAUCAGCUCGGGCUAUCAUGUUGGUUGAGCUCAAGAAGCUUAUUGAAGCAAAUCCCUUGUUUCGUGACAAGCUACAGUUUCCUAACCUUAAAAACUCGAGGUUACGGACAUUAAUCAAUCAAAGCUUGAAUUGGCAGCAUCAACUUUGUAAAAACCCAAGACCAAAUCCUGACAUCAAAACGUUGUUUGUGGAUCAUUCGUGUGGACAACCCAACGGUGCACGUGCUCCAUCACCCGCAAAUAAUCCAUUGCUUGGACCAUUACCUAAAGCUGGCGGCUUUCCUCCUUUGGGUGCACACGGGCCCUUUCAACCUACACCAGGUCCGGUUCCAACCCCGCUUGCUGGCUGGAUGUCUAAUCCUCCGCAAGUAUCUCAUCCAAGUGUAUCGGGUAGUGCAAUUGGUCUCGGCGGUCCAUCUAUGCCAGCUGCUUUGAAGCACCCAAGGACUCCUUCCUCAAAUCCUAGUUUAGAUUUUCCAUCUGGGGAUUCCGAUCACAUGAGUAAAAGAACAAGAAACAUGGGCAUGAAUGAGGAGGUAAGUCUGCCAAUUAAUGUGUUGCCCGUUUCAUUUCCCGGGCAUAGUAGUCAUACUCCAGCUUUCCAUGCACCCGAUGAUUUACCAAAGACUGUUGCAAGGACUCUAAACCAGGGUUCAUCGCCUAUGAGCAUGGAUUUUCAUCCUAUUCAACAGACAUUACUCUUAGUUGGAACAAAUGUGGGUGACAUAGGAUUGUGGGAAGUUGGAUCCCGAGAAAAGUUGGUUCUUAGAAAUUUCAAAGUUUGGGAUAUCAGUGCAUGCUCAAUGCCUAUGCAGGCUGCUCUUGUAAAAGACCCUGGUGUCUCUGUGAACCGUGUAAUCUGGAGUCCAGAUGGUUCCUUAUUUGGAGUUGCAUAUUCAAGACACAUUGUACAAAUAUAUUCGUACCAUGGGAGUGACGAUAUUAGACAACAUCUAGAGAUUGAUGCCCAUGUUGGUGGAGUAAACGAUCUUGCAUUCUCUCAUCCCAAUAAACAGCUUUGCGUGAUAACGUGUGGGGAUGAUAAGACCAUCAAGGUCUGGGAUGCUGCUACAGGUUCACGACAGUACACUUUUGAAGGUCAUGAUGCUCCUGUUUACUCUGUAUGUCCUCACUAUAAAGAAAACAUUCAGUUCAUAUUUUCAACAGCUCUUGAUGGGAAGAUAAAAGCGUGGUUAUAUGAUAACAUGGGAUCUCGGGUUGAUUACGAGGCUCCUGGUCGGUGGUGCACCACAAUGGCGUACAGUGCUGAUGGGACGAGACUCUUUUCCUGUGGGACGAGUAAAGACGGGGAAUCACAUAUUGUAGAAUGGAAUGAAAGCGAAGGAGCUGUGAAACGGACCUAUCUUGGUUUUCGUAAACGAUCUCUAGGUGUUGUGCAGUUUGAUACAACCAAAAACAGAUUUUUGGCAGCUGGUGACGAUUUUGCCAUUAAAUACUGGGAUAUGGAUAAUACCCAACUUUUGAUGAGUGUUGAUGCUGAUGGAGGUCUUCCGGCAAGCCCACGAAUUCGAUUUAACAAGGAUGGCGCACUAUUGGCCGUUUCUUCAAAUGAAAAUGGAAUCAAAAUCUUGGCAAAUUCUGAUGGCCUUCGAUUGCUUCGAACUUUUGAGAACCUUUCUUAUGAUGCUGCUUCAAGAACACCCGAAGCUGCAAAGCCCACAAUAAAUAAUACAUUAUCGGCUGCGGCUGCUGCCGCUGCUACUAGUGCUGGGUUAGCAGAGCGGGUUGGAUCUGUUGGCUCGAUUUCUGGAGCGAAUGGAGAUACCAGAAACUUGGCAGAUGUGAAACCAAGAAUCAAUGAAGAAUCAAAUGACAAAUCGAAGAUUUGGAAGCUUAUGGAAAUAAGUGAAUCUUCUCAGUGUCGGUCAUUGAAACUCCCUGAAAACAUGAGAGUAACAAAGAUAUCAAGGUUGAUAUAUACAAAUUCUGGAAGUGCCAUUUUGGCAUUAGCCUCAAACGCUAUUCAUUUAUUAUGGAAAUGGCAGCGUAAUGAGCGUAACUCAAGCGGAAAGGCAACAGCUGCUGUUUCUCCUCAGUUAUGGCAACCUUCAAGCGGGAUUUUGAUGACCAAUGAUGUGGCUGACAUGAAUCCUGAAGAAUCUGUGUCCUGCUUUGCUUUGUCCAAAAAUGACUCUUAUGUGAUGUCAGCGUCAGGAGGGAAGAUUUCUCUCUUCAACAUGAUGACAUUCAAGACAAUGACAACGUUCAUGGCCCCGCCACCAGCAGCAACAUUUCUUGCUUUCCAUCCUCAAGAUAAUAACAUUAUUGCUAUUGGUAUGGAUGACAACACAAUCCAGAUCUAUAACGUCCGUGUGGAUGAGGUCAAAAGUAAACUUAAAGGCCACUCGAAAAGAAUCACGGGUCUUGCUUUUUCUCAUGUGCUCAAUGUGCUUGUCUCAUCUGGUGCAGAUUCCCAGAUUUGUGUAUGGAAUUCUGAUGGAUGGGAAAAGCAAAAGGCAAAAUACUUGCAACUCCCCCCAGGGAGGACAGCAGCUGCACAAUCUGACACACGGGUCCAGUUUCAUCAGGAUCAGAUCCACUUUCUUGUCGUCCACGAGACACAGCUUGCUAUAUACGAAACAACAAAACUAGAAUGUGUUAAACAGUGGGUUCAACGUGAAUCUUCUGCCCCGAUAUCACACGCCACAUUUUCAUGCGAUAGUCAACUUGUGUAUGCAUGUUUCUUGGAUGCAACAGUGUGCGUCUUCACCGCUUCUCACCUCCGUCUACGAUGCCGCAUUAAUCCUUCUGUUUAUCUUUCUCCUAGUGUUCUCAGCAAUCUAAAUGUACACCCAAUGGUGAUUGCGGCUCACCCACAAGAACCAAAUCAGUUUGCACUAGGCCUUUCGGAUGGUGUGGUUCAUGUUUUCGAGCCACUUGAAUCAGAAGGCAAAUGGGGGGUCCCACCACCGGCUGACAACGGGUCAACAAGUAAUGUAGCUGCCACUUCACCUGCCCGAGGUUCUGGAUCAGAACAAGGGCAGAGGUGAUCUCUUUGGGUCCCACAACACGAGUUUUUUUAAACACUUGUUUUUUGCUGGGGAGGGAAGCUUCAAAAAUUUAGGGAUGAUGUUGGUUGGUGUUUAUUGACAUGAGGGACUCGUAGAUCUAACUUGGUGUGUGUUUGUAAGGUACAUUGUGAAAUUAUUUUUAGGGGUUUUCAAAAUUUUAAUGGUGAAAUGUUUGUUUAUUUUUCA